GUACCACAAAAAGAAAGUGAAUGGCAAGAUAUUAUUAACGAAUUUGAACUUAAAUGGAACUUUCCGUCUUGCAUAGGAGCAAUUGACGGUAAACACGUAGUCAUUCAAUGCCCUAGUAAUACUGGUUCUCAGUAUUAUAACUACAAAGGAACUUUCAGCAUAGUGCUUUUAGCCUUAGUUGAUGGAAAUUAUAAUUUUACUUGUAUUGACAUCGGUAGUUAUGGAAGUCAAUCUGAUGGGGGAAUAUUUGCUAAGUCUAAUUUAAUGAAAGCAAUUGAAACUAAACAAUUAAAAAUUCCAGAAAAUAGUGUGAUUGUUGGCGAUGAUGCGUUCCCUUUAAAAAGUUAUUUAAUGAAGCCAUAUCCAAGAAUAUUUCAACAAACGGAUAGAGAAAAAAUUUACAACUAUAGGCAUUGCAGAGCUAGGUGUAUUGUGGAAAACGCAUUCGGCAUAAUGGCCAGCCGUUUUCGAGUGUUCAGAAAAUCUAUACUUCUUGCUCCACAGACAACCAUGCAAUUAAUUAAAGCUUCCUGUGCCUUACACAAUUGGAUAAGAAAAAGCAACAGUACUAGUUCAAUAUCGGUUGAUAUAGAAGAUUACGAAAGUGGAUAUAUAAUUCCUGGGACGUGGCGAAAUGAUGUGGGAUCUGAGGGCAUUGUACCUUUACGUGCCACACAAGAAAGACAUUUCAUUCAUGAAGCUCGUCAGAAAAGAGAAGAAUUAGCGGAUUAUUUUAUAGGAGAAGGAGCAGUUAAUUGGCAGCAUAAUACAAAACAUUGA